CAGAAAGUGGAAGUUCUGCUGUAGGCUAGUAAGUUCUAGGCUGUAACAGCUUCAGAACACUUGUCCUUCUGUUUUGCUUUUCUGACUGAGAUUCCUUGAAAUAAGAGGAGGCAGAAAAUGGAUAAGUUACGUAGAGUGCUAGAUUUCUGCAUCCGCUACCAGAUUGUUCUGGGUUACAGCCUUGUGUCCCUGCUGACAGCUGCCAGCGAGCAGAUCUUCUCCUCUGUGGUGUUCAAGUGUCCCUGCAAUUCUAGUAACGUGCUGUAUGGCUCCGUUUUCAUCCUAGUACCUGCCUUAAUCCUCUUUCUUCUUGGCUACAUGAUGAAUGCCAGGACAUGGCGCCUGCUGACUGGCAGCUGCCCUUCAACAAAGGACUGCAGCUGCAACCUCCAGGGAACCUGCAUUCGCUGCUGCUGUGUGCUAGGGCCGGUGACAGCCAGAGCUUUGGUGGCCCCUUUCACCUGGAUCGCGGUGGCCCUGCUCAGCGCCAGCUUCUAUGAGUGUGCAGCCAGCGGGAACAGCCUGAUACAGAAAUUCAUGUGUAAAGGUAAAGGACCAGACUGUAACAAUCUGCUGGUCAAAAUACCCUGCGACAACACAUUAUUGAAGAACAAGACACUAUCGAAGAACCUACCAGAUGAAUACCUCAGCCUCCAGGCACAGUCCCAGCUCAUAGGGUGGUUCCUGAUAGCCAGCAUCACAACCGUGGUACUGAUCGCAACAUGUUGCAUCCGCUGUCACUCCCCGAUCAGCUAUCUUCAGCUCAAGUUCUGGCAAAUUUACACAAAAAAGGAACUGGAGGUCUUUGAGAUCAAGGCUAAAGAGCAUGCAGCUAGGCUGGCAGAAAUUAAUAUUAAGUGCUUUUUUGAAGCCACAGAGCCAGCACCGUUUCAGACUCCCAGCAAUGAAGACUGGCAGAAGAUUUCAUUCUUAUAUACGUUCAAUCCACAAGAGCAGUAUUACGGCACGAUACACAAGUACAUUAACACAGACAGAGGCAAGAGCAUCCAGUUUGAGCACGGAGAUCUGAUUCCGCCUGUUUUAGCAUUUGUGGAUGAAGCAGGCACAAAUGAAUCAGGGUUUUAAUGAAACAAAACCUUUGUAACACCAGCAGGCCUUUAACCCUACUCGUAUUGAGAGCCUUAUUCUGUGCUCUUAUUGAAAUCUAAGCAAACUGUAUGUAAAAGCUGAUAGGUGUAACCCUCAGCAGAUUUGUUUUUAAAUACACUUUAUUACUUUUGCUUAAGUACAUCUCAAUAAAUAUGUCUGUCAUGACAGGA